AUGGCGACCCUCUAUCCUCCUCCCAGCAAGCGUCAGAAGCUCGCUCAGGCUGAGAAGGCCCGUGAGCAGCAAGAAAUUGAAAGCAUUCCGUCCGACCUGGGCAGUGUCCGAGUCCAAUUCUACGAUCAAGCAACCGGCCAGCCCACUGGGCCUGCGGUCUCUGUUCCAGUCGCUGAUGCCAAUGUGAAGAACCUCGAAACUUUGCUGAACACAUUACAAGGAAAUGAAGAUGAUGAGCGAGUACCGUACCGCUUCGCCUACCACUCCGAAAAAGAAGGACAAACUAUUGACAUUCUCCGCGAUGUGUACCACUCCUUGCUCCAGCCCGGAGUCAAGACCACCGAAGAUACAGUAUCUCUUUUCUACACACCACAGGCAGUGUUCCGAGUGAAAGCCGUUUCACGAUGCGCUGCCUCAAUCGCAGGCCACGGUGAAGCAAUUCUCGCAACCUCUUUCUCCCCUAUCAACUCAUCCACCAUGGUCUCCGGAAGCGGAGACAACACUGCACGUGUAUGGGACUGCGAUACUGGAACCCCGCAACAUACCCUCAAGGGUCACACCAGCUGGGUGUUGGCUGUAGCAUACUCGCCGAACGGCGCUAUGAUCGCGACCGGUAGCAUGGAUAACACCGUGCGGUUCUGGGAUGCGAAGAAGGGUACUGCCCUGGGCGGCCCGCUCAAGGGUCACGCGAAGUGGAUUACCAACUUGGCUUGGGAGCCUUACCACGUGCAGGAGUCUGGGCGCCCGCGUCUGGCCUCCGCCUCUAAGGAUUCUACUGUGCGAGUUUGGGAUGUUGUCUCGAGAGUAAUUGAUCAUGUGCUCACUGGUCACAAAUCGUCUGUCACUUGUGUCCGGUGGGGUGGUACCGGGAAGAUCUAUACUGCUUCCCACGACAAGACCAUUAAGAUCUGGAACCCUAAGGACGGUACUUUGCUGCAGACUCUAGCAGCGCAUGCCCACCGUGUUAACCAUCUUGCUUUGUCGACCGACUUCGCUCUUCGUACCUCGUAUCACGACCACAGUGGCAAGGUGCCCGAGACUGAGGCCGAGAAGCGGGCUGCUGCUAAGAAGAAGUUCGAGGAUGCGGCCACCGUCAACAACACCAUCGUUGAGCGGUUGGUGUCGGCCAGUGACGAUUUCACAAUGUACCUGUGGGAGCCAUCUACUUCGAGCAAACCUGUUGCACGCAUGUUGGGCCACCAGAAGGAGGUGAACCAUGUCACCUUCUCGCCUGACAUGGCUUACAUUGCCUCAGCUGGAUUUGACAACCACGUCAAACUGUGGAAUGGUCGGGAUGGAAAAUUCAUCACCACCUUCCGUGGCCACGUAGGUGCCGUCUACCAGUGCUGUUUCUCUGCCGACUCACGCAUGUUGGUGUCUUCGUCCAAAGACACCACGCUCAAGAUCUGGGACGUGCGCACCGGCAAGCUGCGCAUGGAUCUUCCCGGUCACAGGGAUGAGGUCUUUGCCGUCGACUGGAGUCCCGAUGGACAAAAGAUCGGCAGUGGAGGUAAAGACAAGCAGAUCAAGAUCUGGCGCAACUAG